CUUACUAUACAAACCCAACAAACACAAAAUCAAACCUCAAAAACUCCCCCAAACCAAUCCCCCCACUCCCAACUCUCCACUUCCCUUUCCACAAAACAAUGGCCAUUCAUUUCCACUGGUCACUACACCUCUACCCCAUCCUAAUCUCACUCCUAACCAUCCCCGCCGCCGCCGCCUCCGCCACCACACGCUGCCGGACCACCUGCGGCACGAUCCCAAUCCGCUACCCGUUCGGCAUCGACGACGGCUGCGGCAGCCCCUACUACCGCCGCCUCCUCCUCUGCUCCUUCAACACCCUCCACCUCCGAACCCCUUCGGGCACCUACCAAAUCAAAUCCAUAUCCUACACGGACUCCCCGCACCUAAUCCUCACGGACCCAUCCAUGUGGGCCUGCAGCGACGGGCCCAACUUCCGGCCCACCCAGCCCUUCAGCCUCGACUCCAGCACCCGCCUCACCCUCUCCCGACACAACGACUACCUCUUCUUCAACUGCAGCCCGGCCCGCGUCAUCAUGGAGCCCAAGCCCGUGUUCUGCGAGCGCUUCCCCGACCGCUGCGACUCCACGUGCGACACCGCGGGUUACCUCUGCCGCCACCUGCCCGGGUGCGCCUACGCGCUUUCGUCACGCGCCGGGGCGGUGUCGUGCUGCUCGUAUUCCCCCAAGGCGACCGACUCGCUGAGGCUGAUGCUGGAGUAUUGUGCCACGUAUGCGAGUGUUUAUUGGAGGAAUAGUGACUCCGGGGCGAGUAAUUACUACGGGGAGACGCCGGAGUAUGGGGUGCGAGUGGAUUUUGAUAUUCCGGUGACGUCGGGGUGUCUCCGGUGCCAGGAUAUGAGGAGAGGUGGCGGCGGGACUUGUGGGUUUGAUACGGUGUCGCGGGAGUUUCUGUGUCUUUGUAGGCAGGGGAAUGUCACUACUUCUUGCGAGCAAGAUCAUGAUCAGCAAGGUUCUUCUAGGCACAGCAAUGCCGGAGUGAUCGUAGGGACGGUGGGCGCGGUUUCGGCGGCCGGAGCUGUUGGGAUCGGAGCUGGGGUUUGGUACUUCAACAAGAUUAGAGCUAAAGCGCCGGUCACUUGUGGAGUUCAGAGCAAUGAGAACAGGCUUUUUUGAACCAGAAUUAAAGUUGGUUGAGUGGGAAUCAAAUUAUUUUUUUUUUUUAAUUAUCCAUCACAUUUUUUAUUGGCUUGUUUUGCUUUUACAGUCAAGUUUUGUAUAUUAAGAUGGUUGUAGUAUUGUUGCUGCCCAUCCUUUUUAGGACAUAUAGAAUCCACUCUAAAAGAGAGACUUGUAUUGCAAGUAAUGAUAAUAUUCUCAUCAGUCAUCACCACCCAAGAAUGAAGAAAGC